GACAUCAAACGAUGGAUUAUUAAAAAUUAUCUUCUUGUUUCGUUGUCAAAUAUGUACUUUAUGUUAUGUAUGGUAUUUGUUGUAAACUUUUGUUUUGUUAGAAGCGCUACCAGUAAAAUAGAAUGUGGAUAUAAGCAAUGUCCGAUAACUCGAGAUGGGGCUUUGAACGUCCACAUUGUUGCUCAUUCUCACAUGGACGCAGGCUGGGUGAAGACCUUCGAUGAAUAUUACUAUGGGACUAAGACGUCACUCAGUACCGCAAAUGUACAGAUGAUCUAUCAUUCUGUGUUAUCGGAGUUACUUCAUGAUAAGAGAAGGAAAUUCACAGUGUCAGAAACAGCCUAUUUUUGGCGCUGGUGGAAGGAACAACGUGGUGCCACUCGGUCUACAUUCAGAUCGCUAGUAGCUGAAGGACGGAUCCAGUUUGCUGGGGGUGGCUGGGUUCAAGCUGAUGAGGCAACCACGUAUUAUCUGCAAUUUAUCGAUCUUUAUACAUGGGGACUCAGGAAAAUAAAUGACACUCUAGGACCAUGCGGGAAGCCGAAGGCAGCUUGGCAGAUCGACACCUAUGGUCAUUCUAAAGAGCAUACCUCAUUACUGGCUCAAAUGGGGUACGAUGGACUUUUCUUAGGAAGAGUUGACCACAGAGAAAGAGAAGCAAUGAUAGAAGAGGACAGAAUGGAGUUUAUGUGGAGAGGGAGUGACGUCCUUGGUAAGAUGUCAGACAUAAUGACUCAUACUCUAUACAACCUUUACAACGCUCCUGAAGGCUUCUGUUUCGACUUCCUUUGCAAUGACGAGCCUAUUGUUGACGACCCGGAUAGUAAGGCCUUUAAUGCAGAUAAACGGGUCAACGAGUUUAUAUCGAAAAUAGAGAGGCAAGCAAAAUACUACGAACACGACAACAUUCUGGUUAUGAUGGGAGGAGACUUCACCUAUCAGAGCGCCGCAAACUGGUUCAUGAAUAUUGACAAACUUAUUAACCAUGUUAGCUCUCACCCGGCGAAUAUCUCUGACGUGAACAUAUUUUAUUCCACACCAUCUUGUUAUUUGAAAGCAAUUUAUUUAUACGGAAAGCGAGAUAAAGCAAUCCACACAGAAAAGGCAGAUCUUCUACCAUAUGGAAGUGACAGUAACACUUAUUGGACGGGAUUCUACACUUCAAGACCAAGUCUAAAGUAUUUUGCAGUUCGGGCCCACGUCUUUUUGCAGGUGGUAAAGCAAUUAACAGUACUAUCGAGGAUGAGUGACUCGUACGAGCUGCAUCUGUUGAGACAUGCCGUCAGUCUGGUGCUGCACCAUGAUGCUAUCACUGGCACGAGUCAACAACAUGUGGUGAAUGACUUUAUAAGCAUAUUGUCAGACGCUGUUGAAGUUUGCACCAAGAAAAUUUCCCAAUAUUUGAGCAUUUUAACACCAUCGUGGGGCGGCAGUCGAAGACCGAAAGGCAGCCAACAGUUUCUUGUAUGCCACAUGUUAAAUAUCAGUCAAUGCAGGUUUUCAGAAACUCAGGAUUCAAUCUUACUGCUGGUGUACAAUCCUCUCAGUAUAAAGACGUACCACCACGUUCGGUUACCGGCAAUAGCACUGCAGUAUACCAUUCGCGAUUAUAAUGACGACGAAGUAGAACACCAGCUUAUUCCAUUACCAGCAGCAGUGAUUAACCUGCCGGGCAGAAAAUCCACAGCCAUUCAGGAGCUAUGCUUCGAGGCAGAAAAUAUCCCACCAUUGGGAUUUACCUCGUAUUACAUCACACCAAUCAGGGAUCCGUUGGCAGAUGGAGCUUAUAUUAAAAAAGUCAAAGCAAAUCCUGAGGGUCAACAAGAAAUGGUUUCAACAAUAUCAAAUGAGUUUAUAAAACUGUCUAUUGACAAAACGACGGGCCUUUUAGAAUCCCUUCAACACGAGGACGGUACUAAGAUAAUGGUUUCGCAAAACUUCUACGUGUACACUCAACUUCAACAGCCGCUGCAGUCUGGGGCUUACAGCUUUAGGCCCAAUAAAGAGAGGCCUGUUCCGAUAACAGACAAGGUAACUUACCAUACAAUAAAAGGUACUAUCGUGAAGGAGAUAAGACAAAAAUUUAGCGACUGGAUUUCACAGACAAUACGCCUGUAUCGAGGUGAGGAGUUCGUGGAAUUGGAGUGGGUUGUUGGACCAGUGCCUAUUGGGACCGACCUAGGAAAAGAAGUAGUGACCAUAUUCAAAACAAACAUAAGCCACAAUGGAUACUUCUAUACUGACUCUAAUGGACGGCAAAUGAUCAGAAGAACGUGCAUCAAUGAAACAACCAGUGUUCCACAAAAAAAGGCACUUUGCUCUUGUUUCUAUCCCGUGACGUCACGGAUCUGCAUCUCCUCAGUGAACACCAGCUCUCAGAUGUGUGUCCUCACCGAUAGGAGCCAGGGGGGCACCUCCUACGAUGAUGGGGACAUCGAGUUGAUGAUUCACAGAAGAUUAUUAACCGAUGAUGGAUUUGGUCUAGAAGAACCAUUGAACGAAGAAGAAUUUGGGCUCGGUCUUGUGGUGAAGGGUAAACAUAGGAUAUACUUUGGGAAUGCUCGUAAAGACAUUGAAGACCUGUCCUUCAACGAACGCGCCACUCAGAUGUCCAGCAAGAUGAUGUUCGAGCCGAUGCUGUUCUUGACCUCUGGGGAGAAGAUCAAUCGUCGCAAGUGGCAGAACGUCAGGAAUAAGAGGUUCUCGCCUCUGCAACUUCACGGUCUACCGAGACAUAUCAACAUCAUAACUUUGGAGCCUUGGAAGGCUGGUUCUGUUCUGCUCAGAUUGGAAAAUACAUUGGAGAGACCGAAAGGACGUAAACCAGACAAAGAUAUUUUAGAGGAGUAUGCAGACUACCACAUCAAUGUUGAUCUCCGUAAGAUAUUCCUUCAACUGAAAAUCAAAGUAGUACGCGAAACAACGCUAGCUGCUAAUCAGUGGUUGGAAGAAGCGAGGCAAAUGGAUUGGAGUACGCGAUAUGUAUACGAUGGUAGUGAAGAUGGCAUCCUACCAGAGGAUAGCCCCGAUUACACGGAUAAUAGUAAACUACAGAGAAACCACAAAGACUACGGACAACUUUCAGAAGAAGACGAAGUAAUACCAAAACGAAGACAGAAAAAAAUAAAUGUAGCACAACGACAUCCAACUAAAGUCAAAAUGGAAUACUAUGAUAGAAAAAAACGAGAAGCCAAUAUAUCAUCCUAUGUCGUUAGUGAUAAUGAGACACAUUAUGAAAAGUCUAUCGGCAAUGCUAAUUUAAAGAAACUUAACGUGCCAACAACAUUAAGACCUAGUUUCAAUAAUAAAAGGAAUAUUCAGAGGCAUACUAAAAGAAUUAGUACAGAUAUCACCCCCAGGAAACCUCAAAUUAAUUCGGAUAAUUAUGAUGAUGUAACUGUGAAUGUACAUAGUCCGAAACCAUUUAGUGGAGCAUACGAAGAAGCCGAUAUAACUGCCAGUGAUGAUGACGGUAUUACAAAGUCAAUUUACGAAAUGUAUUACAAAAACCAACCGCGUCGUAUUAUGAUUAGGCCAAAAGAUGAAAGUUCAGAAGAAUAUCCUAGAAGGCCAGUCGAGCAAAAACGUAGAACAAUCAAUACACAGAUGAAAUAUCCAGAGUUGCAUAGAAAGGAGAAGAGGUCUUUUGGUAACAUGAGACGCCGGAAUAGCAGUAGAAGGCCUAAGGGGCGAGGUUCACAGUUCUCUAUAAAAAAUGCAAAUAAGAAGUUGUAUGAAAGCAAAGAUAUAUAUGAUAAAAGUGAUGAAAUAAGUCGAAGAUACAGAGAAGAUAUUCACCCAAACAAAGAAAGAACAAGAAGAGAUUUUAAGAGCUUAAAAUCAGAGAAGGAAUACAGCUCAGAAGAGAAGAGUCCUGAUGAAGAGUACGAGGAUGAUGAAUGUUCUGAUGAAACAAUUGGGGUAUCACCAGGAGUAUCAAGAACAAAGAGAGCCGUCAAAGACUCAGAUGGUAGUGGUGAAGAAAAUCAGAAUGAGAUAGAAUAUAUAAUAUCUCUCCGACCCACUCAAAUACGAACAUUUAUCAUAUGGUUUGAAGAUAAGAAAGGGUUUAACAUCUAACUUUAAGAGUCAACGUGAAAAUAAAGAAUGAACCUCUGAAA